GGGACUCUCAUAGCGUUCAAGAUGACUACUACCACUUCAACUGCCUCCACCCCCACCCUUAAUAGUUCAGGGAAUGUCAACAUUAGUGGCUUCUUCACUGACGAGGAGCACGAGGAUAUAGGAUUCACAGAACUCCAGACGGUAGGCAUAGCCUGUGUCGCCACACUCAUACCUCUGGCCUUAACCCUCUUCGCUGUCUUCGGUUUGAGGAUGGUCUGGAAGAAUUGGAGAGGGGAGAGUGAAGAGAGAACACUGCGCCGAACAGACUCCUCAGACCCUAACAAGAGCAGUCAUCUGUUGCUGCCUGAUGAGAUAAAAACGAGUGAAUCCCAGUUUUCUGUGAUACCGGCGGAAGAGCUUGAGGAGGUGCUGACGUCUUACAACAGCGCUCCUAGCGUCAACACCAAUAACCACAACCAUACCAGCAAGUCGACAGCUAACGGUAGCAUCAUCACCAUGACCAUGAAGAACAACCACCUCAUAGUCGAGACCGAGGAGAGGAUACUCGGGGAGAGUGAGACAGCAUACACGGAACCCAGCCCGCUAGAGACGUUCGUGUCUGAGGAAGGCAGUACGGCGCUGGUUCACCACUCGGGAGAGGAACCCACCCCUAACACUGGAUUGUCCCAGAGUGAUCUCAGCGUAUCGUCGGGUGGCUCGGCCAACCCCAGCUACUGCUACGGCAACCAGGUCGAGUACUUAGGGGAUGAUCGGGAUAUCCUUCACGAGGUUCCCUCCACGACGGCCGUGCGAUUGAAACACGCCCCUUUCAUGGUUCAGCCAUCUCAGGACAUCGAAGAUGACGAUCUGUAUUUGGAACAGCAGCACCAGCUGGGUAAUGGUCUGGACGACGUGCAAGCUGUACCGGACAUCUACCCUCAACAUUGUAACCCUUACGAGAACCCGGGGUUCGUAGCCACCCCUGAGCAGCCUCAGGUCAACCCUAUCUCGUAGAGGCACCCGGUGUGCUGCCCGUCCAGACCUCAGUGAGAGGGUGAACUGAAGAAGACGAAACAAAGGUGCAUGGCUCUGAUAUAGAUACCGAGGAGACUUUAUCGCAGUAACGGUAAACAAAUACCAAGGGCAUUGUUUUUACUCCCUUGCCUUUUAUACUUAUUGAACAUUUUCAUUAUUAAAACCUUCCUUGGAAAGUGUGAUAAAAAAAUGAUAUUAGAGAAAAAUAUAGAUGUGGUAUCAACCUAACUGGACUGUGACCUUAAUAAAACGAAUAAUGUCGUUUUGUAUUUUAUCAUUAGCUACUUCACAUUGUACUCUCUUCUCUUUCCAGUACGUAAAACUAUGUCUUGUGUGUGAGUACUAAGUGAAAUAAGUUCCUUAAAGCACAACUGCAUUUGUUUAUACGUUUAUUACAUUAUAAUUGUAUCAUCUGAUUUUCUUUACUGCAUAAAUUGUGUUAUAACUUACAAUUUUCUGCUUUUCGAUAUCAUUGAUGAAGUUUGUGCAUAUACCAUUUGCAACCAAGGAUACGGUACGAUAUGUUUUAAUUGUGGAAUUUGUGAAUGCAUCUUCACUGAAUGUUGGUCAAAAUAAUUCAUAUGUUACCUUACUUGUUAUUUUAAUUUUCUUGUUAUAUAAUUAAUUUUUUGAAUAUUAACUUCUUGACGAUUAACAACUCUAGUAAUAUAAAGCUAUAUUUUUCGUUAUUAGUUAUACACAAUUAAUUUCCAGGUCAUUAUUAUACAUAGCAAUUUUGCUUUAAGUUUCAGGAACUUUUUAUAACGUUUUUAGUGAUGUAUUUAAUUAAAAACGAGCAACACUUCGUUUUGUGGACUGGUUUAUUAGGCUUAAAAAUUAGUAUUUUAAUUUUAAAUCAUAGUUAUACCACAAUUUUGCAUAAUACCUGUAACUCAUUUACGCACUUCUAUUAAGUUAUACUGUAAUUUUUUGUUUUUAUAUAAGUAUAAUUAAACUAGCACUAACCCACUCUUAAAUCUGUAUUUUUGUACCAUGUACAUAUUUUCCAUCUCAAUACAUCUUUCUCUUUACGGUAUUGUAACUUUGCCCUUGACCUUGAUACCCUCAUUGUAAAUUUGUAUGUGUCCCCUGCAGUCAAGAGACUGCUCUACGCUCGCAAAGAAGACUUGAGUAGGCUAGUAGUAGACGUGAGGAACCGUCCUAGAAGAGGUUGUGAAGGUUGGUGAUAUAACGCUGGCAUUUGUUUAGUUUAGUGGAAUAGAACUUAAUGUUUCCAUUUUGGAGCCAUUUGAAUGAUUGAAGUGUAUUAUAAUAAACAGGGUCAACCCUUUUACUACCAGGCCAUUAGUCACAUAUUAGAAUGAGGACCGCCAGAGCCAAAAUUGUGGAUGGGUGCGUAGACUACCAGGUAUUAAUUAGGCCGGCGUUUGUCACUAAACUGCCACGGCAUUUUGAACUUCCGCCAAUUUGCAAUAUAUAUAAUUUAUUUAAGUCCUUUAGUUUUUUCGUUUAUUGAGAUAAAGUGCUAAUUUAUAAUUUGAUUAAAUUCGACAUCCAUACAUAUUUUUAAAAUUAUUAACUUUUGAAUUUCAUAAGUCCUUGAAAUUAAUUUUACUGCGAAAAUUCUUUACAUUAUGCAAUUCACAACUAGUUAGUUAAGAACGGCUUCAAGUUUGCAAAGCUACUCCUACUAUUUGGCAGGUUAAUGUAUUAUUUAUUUGCCAAACACAAAAAGAUUAUUUUUAUAGAUUCCAUUGAAUAAUUAUACUUCACAAUGUUUGUACUUUUAAGCAAUAAACUAAAUUAUUGUGCGUAAUAAUGGUGUAAACGCUAAAUAAUAUUUGAAACUCAAAUUGAGUAUAAAAGAAUAUUUACACUGAUAAACCCCGGAAAUUUAAAUAUUAGUAGAACACAUAAAUUAAAAUGUUAAACUUAUAAUAGAACAUUAUUAUUGAGAAUUAAAAUUAUCGUAGUGCAUAACAAAAUACGUGCAUAAACAAAACAUGUAUGUCAUCUGUAGGAAUGUAGUCACUGUCAUAUUAUUAUCGUGACCUUGUACAGUGCGUGCAGUAAAAAAGUUACAUAAACGUAACAUAGUCUUAAUUUUCUUAAGUUGGCUUUUUGAUCUGAAUGUGCUGCUGUUAUUUAAUUAAAAACCUGAUAAGAAUUAUUUAAGUUUCAUGUGAAAUUGCAGAAAGCCUGAAUGCCCUAGGCGGUUUAUCAAAACACAUGGCAAGGCUAUAGUUUAAUGCCACAUAUAAUAAAAAAAGAGGUUAACUAAGUUGAGUUUUUCAAAACUACAUUCAAAUCCGUCCAUGCAUGGUAAUCUUUUUGUGGAUUUUAUCCUAUAUGCUUGCUUAAAACUAAGUAUUUUGAAAAGUAUAAAGGAUGAAAUUAUAUGUUCAUAAUUUACUAAAUUAAUACGUUCAUUACAGUAAAACUAUCAAGUAACAUAAACCAACACUAGAUUUGGAAGUGUAUGAUAAAGUUGUAUUUUACUAUAAAAAUCAGUUAGUGUGUUAUGAGAUUUGAUAAAUUUAUUAAAUAAUCAACAUCUUCAGUACUUAUAAGACAGGUGAAUUCUCAAAAAAGUUCCUACAAUGGACAAUUAAAAAUGUUUAAGUGAUAGCUUCCGUUAAGCUAAACGUGUGCCAGUCUCAUAUAAUAUCCAUAGACUCGAUUAUAAUAGUCCAGUCACAAGAACAAGAACUGAUGUUCACUAAAACGAAUUAGUGGUAUUUUUCUAAAUCCGAUUUUCACUAACAUUUUUACACUCAUGGCGAAAAACUAAUUCAGAUAUUCAACGUUAUAAAAUGGUGUUUUGUGUUUUAUAUAAGUUUUUUAUAGCAUAUUUAACUCGUACAUUUAUAUAAAGGAGCCAGUAGUAGUGUAAACAUUCUAAUUUUAAACUUGUUAAUUAGUUUAUACGUUUUCAUAAAUGUGUAAAGUGUAUUCUAAAAUCUUAAUCGAUAUAAUAUUAGAUAAUUGAAGUAUGUCACAAGAUUCUUAAAUUAUUCUUUGUCUUAUUAUUAAAAAGUAACAUUUACAAUGUUAUUAAAUUUAUAAUUAAUAUAACAAAAUCAUGUUAUUAUUUUCUGAAUAUAUUGUUAGGUAUUUUAUUAUUUCAACGUGGAAAUACGAAUGAUUUAAAAAAUAACCAGAUUACACUAAGAACUUAAUUAUAUUUUAUAAUCUUGAAGUGUAGUAAACUAAGCAAAAUCUGUAAUAAAUUGUUUAAAUAGUUAUAAAUAAAUAAAUUCUAUGUCUUGAAGGGCUCCUCCAAAUUAAUCUAAGAUCGUUUUAUUAGAAUUUAAAGUUUACUGGAGUAAAAUACACUGUACAGUAUUGAUAUUUUCGAAUUUAAUCUAAUAGUUCCAUUUUCAAUGUUAAUGUAGUUUUAGGUAGAUUUAGCUUCAAGAAGCAAUUUAUUAAACACUAGAUUAAUUAGUUUUAAGAUCUGAACAAAUAUUUUGUAUAUGAUAGGCUUAUCGUUUACUUUGCCUUACUCGCAUAGUGAUUAAUGUGAUAUUUAUUUGAUUAGUAAAGAAAACGUGACCUUGUGCCAAAGAUGUAUAUAAACAUAGAGUAAGAUUAUAUUUCGAAAAAAAUUAUGUUGAAAAUACCAUAUAAUUUAUUUGUUAAUCCAAAUGAUUGUGGUUUUGGAACUAAUUGUAUUACUGACAAGCGUAUACCACCACAAGAUUAAACGAUAUUAUUUGAUGACGUGCAUGAUUAAACAUUACAAAUCAAUCACGUAAACUUACGUUUAUAAGAUAAAUUAAAACAAUAAACUCAUUACGGUACGAAAAUAUUUGUUUCUUUAUGGAAGUAAUAUUUGUAAUAUUUAACUCUUCAUUUCACUACCUUUGUUAGACACCUGUGAUCUCAUGUAUUUUUAUAGUCCAAAUCAUUUUAUUACUUUGUCGAAUACGUUUAUUGCGUUUAAAUGCAUGUUAUUAGAAUCAAUAUACAUUGUUCAUGAAUAUAUUACGAUUAUUUAUGAAGAAAUAGGCUUUUAUUUGUACAUACAAAUAAAUAUUUUAAAGCCUAUUAACUAGGUUAACAAUUAUUAUUUAAAAUAUUUACUGUUAUUCAUACUCUCUAGUAAAUUCAAUGGAACCAGGUAUAAAUUUUCCAUACCUUUUUAACGAAAGUUUUCUACGCAGUUAACAUACAAAUGUAUUUAUUAAGUCAUCUAUUCUAUUUUCAAUAAAUAUAUAUAGAUCAAUAUUUUACUUCAUAAUUGUUUAGAUCUGUACGUCAUUUGAAUGAAAUUCAAAAUGAAAUAGCUACAAAAUCCACUUUAGCUACAAUUUAUUAUACAUUAUGUACUGUUUGCUAAGUUUGCUUAGCUUGCCGUUGUCUUGAUUAGGUUCAAACCAAUAGUUUAACUAUGAAUAAUAAAAUUGUUUUCUAUAUUAUUAAAUACAAAAUGUAGGAGUAUUUGUUUAAUUAUUAUAAACAAUAGAUAGCAAACUAUUAACCUGUCUUUUAACGUUUUAUUAAACUUCAUGCGAGACGUAUUUCAGCAGUUUUCCAUCCUCACUAUAUAGAAAGUAGAAAAGCUAAACAAAUGCUUUCAUAUGGAACAUUUAAGACGUAUAACAAAUUACUUGAGGAAUUAGGGAAUAUUGAUUUCUAUAUGUCUGCUAUCCAAACAACAUCUCGAGAACAAAUUAAUGUAUCCACUUGAAAUUUUCCAAGAAGGUUAAUUUCUAGAUACGGUAUAUAUCAUUCUACAGAAUUGGAAAUUUUGCAUGCCAAUUCAGUAAAGGUUGUCAUGCGAGAAGUGGUGUAAGGAAUUGUUUUUAAAAUUUAAAUGUACUUUUCAUUUUUUGGUAAACAAAAAGUUCACAGUUUAGAAAUUUAAAGGUUUUUGAACAGCUUUCAGUAUAGAGAUAAAUGGCACAGAGCCAUUACUUUUUAUGUAAAUGGUUAUACCUGUAAGGAAUGCUGAACGAAGGUUUCCAGUAUCUAAGUUCUAUAUGUAAAUAAGUAUUUAAUUUUAUUAAAUAGGUUACUUCUAUACUGUGAAGAUGGAUUAAUGUUAAAACAUGUACCGUUUGUAGUUUGAUAAAUGUUACUAAACAAGGGUAUCAUUUUUCUUUUUAUAUUGAUAAAAUUCUGUUCUAUCAAAGUAAACAUUGUUUGUACAGCGUCAUAAUCAUCAUGUCAAAGUUGGGUUUGAUGGAGUCAAAAAAGCUAUAAAAACAAUUAAUUGUUUUCAUAAAUGUUAAGCCUUUGAAACAUGGUCCCACAUCUGUAAUGGAUGUGUAAAUGUGUUGGAUGAUUACGAUCCAACCUGAAAAGUGUAAAUGCGGGUAACAUUUUUGACUAUCCCUGGUUGUGAUGUAGUUAUUGCCAAUAAAAUUCCUUCUCAAUAUUCA